UGAGCAGAGGACGGUGUCUUCUGGCAGCACGGGGAGCAGUGACAGCCAGCACCGACCGAUGGUUCAGGGACAGGAGGAGCUGCAGACACACCUUCAUGAUGCACUGGAGUUAGUGCCUCAUAAACCCCUGCCUUAUUUCACCACUACGAGGAGAAAUUACUGCUGACAGCGCUAAAUGCGCGUGUUUCAACCCGAGGUGAUCCAGCUGUGAACUGCUUUUUGUAAGCUGUGAUAGGAGAAGCCGCAGGGGCUCGUGCUGUGGUGGGGAGCCGUAGGAGUACGGCCCCACGCGUUACUAGGCUGUUAUUAGAUUGAAGUGGUGUGCUCUUUUGCAGGUGAAUAUGUGAAAUUCCAACCAGAAUCUUUCCUCUGAGCACGAGGCGGGUGUGCUGUGCCUGUUCCUUGUGUUUCUCCCCACAUCCCCAGGGAUGGUGCGCUGGCAGCGGGGCCGUGGAGCCGUCCCAUAACUGAGCUGUGCAGCGCUGGUGUGACGCAGGCUGUGAGUGCUGCUCGUGCCUCGUAACGACGAGGCUUCGUUAAGCUGUUUAUAGCUUUUUACAAGCAUUAGCUAUCUAAGUGGUGUGACAUCCCUGUGGGGUAGGCGUUUUUCGCUUUUCGUAAUAAAGUCAUUUGUGUCCACAGGAGAUGUGUUGGAAGUGAGGUGACUGGGGAUAUCCCUGCAUUAAGUCUGACCUCGUGCCAGGCUGCUCCAAAACUAUGUGAAAUUGUGGAGGCUUGGCUGUACCAACAUUGUCCUGUGCCCACGUUUGCAUCCAGUAGGAAUGGUGAUAUUGUAGGAGCAUCAUCCUCAGAAACGAUGAGCCUUUAGGACAGCUUCCUUCCAGGUGAAGGAUUUGGGCACACUCUGGAGCGUCACUGGUCUGUCCUUGGAUGCUGUCAUCUCUUUUGUGGCAGAAGUUCAAUAUUUUUAGUUCCACCUCUGGGUGCUGUGCUGGAGGUGGGAGCAGCAACCUGAGCAGGUUGGCUGGAGUUCUGCUGGAGUUCUUCUUGCAAAUGUGCUGUUCCUAAAGAAAAAGGAGGAUGGGGAGCUCAGGGAACGUGUGCCACGUGGGGUCCGUGUGAGCUGCACAGAGCUGUUAGCUGAGUUCUUAUCUUUAUGGCUCUUGGAGAGAGACUGGGGAAGUAUGAAUGGAGCGCGAGGCUUAUGGGCGUUUGGGAUGGGGAAAAGGUCGGCUGUCUGCAGCACUGAUUCCGGUUUUAUCUGGCAAAUUCUGGGGAGAACUGUGUAACCCUGAGAUCUGAGAGAUGCCAGCAAUCACCUCGAACGUAGGAUUUUUAAUUAGGAAGCACAAGGAGCGUGCAGCCUGACGCCCGCUCCGGUUUCACAUAGCUCAGGGCUUGCAUCACGGCAGAAGAGGCGUUGAACUUGAGGAAUUCUGAACAGACGAGGACAUUGUGGUCUCUAAACUGAGGAGUCACAGCUUAAAGAAAAUAUCGACACCGUUGUUGGUGGCAUGUGGCUCUGCCUGCGUGUGCCUCGUGGAUGUCUCCGUCUGAGCUGCCAGAGCUGCUGCUGACGCUGGAUUGAGGCCGAGGUGCUGAUCCAGGCGCUGCCGACCCCAGCUGCCAGGAGGAAUCCAUGAGCACACGACCUUGGAUAUGGACAUCGUCCUGUCGGAUUUUGUUCGCUCGACAGGGGCAGAGCCAGGACUGGCCAGAGACCUGCUCGAAGGUAAAAACUGGGAUCUGAGCGCAGCACUGAGUGACUUCGAGCAGCUACGGCAGGUGCAUGCGGGGAACUUGCCACACUCCUUUAACGAGGGACGCAGCUACAAGCCCCCGGAGAAGGAGGCAGCCCGGCCCGGGCGACCACCGCUGCAGCGGCAGGAUGACAUUGUGCAGGAAAAACGCCUGUCUCGAGGCAUUUCCCACGCCAGCUCCACCAUCGUCUCCCUGGCCCGCUCCCACGUCUCCAGCAACGGCAGCAGCGAGCACCUGCUGGAGAUGCCCAUCUCCACCUUCCAGCUGCCUGACCUCACGGUGUACACAGAGGAGUUCCGCAGCUUCAUCGAGCGAGACCUCAUUGAGCAGUCAAUGUUGGUGGCACUGGAGCAGGCCGGUCGUCUGAACUGGUGGGCGAACGUGGAUCCCAGCUGCCAGAGGCUGCUUCCCUUGGCCACCACGGGUGAUGGGAACUGCCUGCUCCACGCCGCAUCCCUGGGUAUGUGGGGUUUCCAUGAUAGAGAUCUCGUGCUUCGCAAAUCCCUUUAUACCCUAAUGGAUAAAGGUGUGGAAAGGGAAGCCCUGAAGCGGCGGUGGCGUUGGCAGCAGACGCAACAGAACAAGGAGUCCGGUCUCGUUUACACCGAGGAGGAGUGGCAGAAGGAGUGGAACGAGCUGAUCAAGUUGGCCUCGAGCGAACCUCGCGUGCACUACGGCACCAACGGAGGCGGCUGCGGAGGUGUUGAAAGCUCUGAAGAACCCGUGUAUGAGAGCCUGGAGGAGUUCCACGUCUUUGUCCUUGCCCAUGUGUUGAAGAGACCCAUAGUGGUGGUGGCAGACACGAUGCUGCGAGACUCAGGGGGAGAAGCCUUCGCCCCUAUUCCCUUUGGAGGUAUCUACCUUCCCCUGGAAGUUCCAGCCAACAAAUGCCACCGUUCUCCGUUGGUACUGGCAUAUGACCAGGCCCAUUUCUCUGCCCUGGUAUCCAUGGAGCAGAAAGAGCCCACAAAAGAUCAAGCUGUGAUCCCCCUGACAGACUCUGAGCAUAAGCUGCUCCCCGUGCACUUUGCAGUGGAUCCUGGGAAGGACUGGCAGUGGGGGAAGGAUGACAGUGACAACGUCAAACUGGCCAGUGUGACACUCUCAUUGGAAGCAAAGUUGCACUUGCUGCACAGCUACAUGAAUGUUAAAUGGAUCACGUUGCCUUGUGACAUGCAGGCGCCUUUGGCCCAGCCAGAAUCCCCCACAGCCUCAGCAGGGGAUGAUGCCCGUUCGGCUGCGGAGUCGGGAGAGUCAGACAAGGAGUCAGUCUGCAGCAGCUCAGCAAGCAACGGGGGAAGCAGGGGCUGCAAGGACAAAGAGAAACCAAAGAAAGACCGAGAAAAGGACAAGGAAAAGGAUAAGAAACGGGCCGACUCGGUUGCCAAUAAGCUGGGCAGCUUUGGCAAGACUUUGGGAAGUAAGCUAAAAAAGAACAUGGGUGGGUUGAUGCACAGCAAAACUAUAAAGGGAGGUGUGAGCAACGGGCAGGGGGACACCCUGGAGAAGAAGAAGAAGGGAUCCUUGAAGACGAGGAAGGGCAGCAAAGAGGAAUCCUCCCAGGGAGACCUUUCGGCUCCUGGGGAGAAGAGCUGCGCGGGUAAAGCAGCCUCCGAGAAGCCCCCGGACCCCUACAAGUACAGCAACGACGUGCGGCUGAGCCUCAGCAUCCUGCGCGCUGCCAUGCAGGGGGAGCGCAAGUUCAUCUUCGCCGGCCACCUGAAGACCGGCCACCGGCACCAGUACCAGGAGGAGAUGAUCCAGCAGUACCUCCUGGAUGCCGAGGAGCGCUUCCUGGCCGAGCAGAAGCAAAAGGAGGCGGAGAAGAAGGUGCUGGGGAGCGCUGCCCCUGCCAAGAAGCUGGAGGUGGAGGUGAGGGGCGAGGAAGCGCUGCACGGCCCCGCGUACCCCCAGCCCCCUCCGGCCUACACCAUCCACGCCCCGGAUUUGGCCAUCGGGGCUAAAAUGGCCGCGUUUCCCUCCAGCUACUCGGGCGUCUUCACCUUCCCCAGGCCCUCCGUGGUCAGCGGCAGCGUGGAAGGGCCGCACCCCCCCGGCUGCCACGAGGGCCGGCGGCAGGUGGCGGGGGGAUCCUGCGGCAGCCUCCCCCCCUACGCCACCCUGCCCCGGCACUGCGCCCAGGCACGGCCGCAGCCUUCCCACGUGGGGAGGUUCUCCCCCACGGACAUGGACGUUCACCCCAGCUUCCCCACGGAGUGCGAGGCCCCAGCCUGCAUUCCCCCCCAGCACAGCAAUGGUUACCGGGAGUACCUGGAGCAGGACGGCCCGCAGAAGGGAGCGCCCGCAGACAAAACGAGAGGCAGGGUUCUUUAUAGCGUUCAGCAGACCAAAUGCAAGCAGCCAAACUGCAGCUUUUACGGGCACCCAGAAACUGGGAAUUUCUGCUCCUGCUGUUACAAAGAGGAGCUGAAACGCAAAGAGCGCGAGGCGCUGGUGCACAGGUUCUGAGCGCUGCCCAGGCGCUGCCGGCCGGACCUGCGGCACGUGGGGAAUGCAAUAAUGGUGCGGUUCAUCCCCGCGCUCCUCUCGCUGGCUGGAAGGAGGGAGUGGGCUGACAGAGGCGUUCAGCUCUGCGCUGCUGAGGAGAUCUGGGCGAGGAGGAGGAGCGGUCCCUCCCUGCAGAGACUCGGGCAGAGGGCUCCUCCCGGCCGGGGCUGAUGGGAUCAGCGCAGGGCACGCUCAGGUGGGAGCUCCGGCUGGAGGGGGGUUCCCGGCGAUCCGUAACCCAGACCAAAGCUUUCGGCUGGACCCCGCCGCCGCCUCACUCCAUAGCGCUUCGCAGAACGGAGCAGAAUGCCCCAGCCAUCUCAGUAAGAAAGUCACAGACCUUUCAAUGGAGAUAUAUAUUUUUUUUUAAAAAAAAAACACUUUAUUUUUUUUUUCCUGGUACUGAGAGAAAUGUAGUUGGAAUGGGAUGUUAUUAUUCUGUUUCGAUUGAACUGAGCCCGUCGGAUGUCUCAGUGCCUCGCAGCACCAGGCGGGGCUCUGCCCUCCCCCCCACCACGGGCUCGGCUCUGCUUUUUAAAUAUUGUUUUUUUAAACUCUUCAGGGGGUGGGAGGGGAACUGAGGGUGGUCUCGGAGCUGAGUGGUGUUGAGUUUUCCUGCAGCAGCGCUGUGCAGAGCCGUUCUGCUGGCGGUACAGAGACGGACAGAGGCCAGGUCGGUGCCCCCACCAGCAAUACCUCCAGCGUGGAGCAGGAGAGAGGACAGAGCACCCGCAGCACGGGAGGUAACGCCGCGCCGCGCUGCCCGUAGCUUCCAGCCCUACGUGGAUACACGCGAUAACUUUCUACUUGAGCAAGCUACUUCCAUACUACCUCUGUUCUGCUGAAUAGAAUUAACUCGGCUCCAUUUUGCUGAGCCACGUAACUGACCUUUAGGCUGAGUAAUAUUAAAGAUAUUUUUGAUAAUAGGGCUAAAGAGUGACACGUAAGGAAAGCGAACCCGUAACUGCGUAACUCUCACACGCGAUGUGGUCCACGGCGUUCCCCGCUCCCGGCCCCGCAGCGGUCGGAGCAGUCCCUGACGUUCACGUCUCGCAGCGGGGGGUGUGAUUUAGCACUGCGAUGUUUGCACAGAUUUUUUUUGUAACUAGAGAUCCCAAACCGGGCUCGAUCCUCGGCCCGGUCCUGUAUAGAGCAAGGUUCAGCGUUUUACCACGUGGAAAUAAAAGAUGAGUUCUACCGAUAACUCAAAGCUUUACAACAUUCCCUCGUUAUUGUUUUUCAGAAGGCAUCCAACUAUGCAAUCCCUCCCCGUGCUGCUGCCCUUCACGGGGAGAACCGGGCAGAGAGCGUGCAAGUGUACUUACCCGGAGCAUCGCCCGGAGCCUUACUCACAGAUCCGCUAAGGCUUGGUUCUAGCAGCAGGUUCUACCCAUUUAAUGUCUGAAAUCCCACAGAACUUGGGACCUUUCCCCCCGGAGGCGGCCGGCAGCGCGGUGCUGGGGUGCUGCAGGGCACGCUCCGGGCUCAGCUGGAGCUCGGCUGGUUGUAAAUAGCAGAGUUCUUUCACCAGUUUCUCUAACUGAAGUUCUUUUUGGUUUUCCUAACCACCACUAAUCUGAGUGGAGGUCAGCCGUGCGCUGUGACUGACGUGAAGUAAGGUCAGUGCCAGCAGGGUCUCGUUAGGGACUCGGUGCCCACCCCUAUGGGGACGGCACGCGGUCAGGGCCGGGGGCUGCGUGGGCUCUCAUUGCAGUGGGAUGCUCCGUGCCCCAACCACGGUCGGUGCAGGGGAGGAGGGAAGGCAGAGCCCACUGCUUCCCAUCCCCGUGGCCCCGGUUUGGGGGAAACCUCUCCAUUUUGGAGCCCGUGGCGGCGGGCUGGGCACACCGGGCACUGGGUUUGGCAGCACUCCUGGGGUUUGGAGAUAGCGAAGCGCUGUGAGGGAACAAGGGUGGGAGAACGGUGCUUUGAUGGAUGCGUGCAACCAUGCUGGCUUAAGGGGAAAAAAAAACACGGGUGUGGGAAGUGCCGGUGCCCGCGGGGUCCUCUGAACUGAAAUCCAUGUCCUGCCCCUCGUGGAGCUGCUGCUGCUGCUCCUCCUGAGGGUUUGGGGGAGAAAAGGGCUUUGGGCAGAGCGCUGUGCCCCCCGGUGUUCCUGGGGGAGAGGAGAAAGGGGUCUGAGGGCCGUGACCCCACGGCUGGGGCUUGGGGUCCCCGCUCAUCAGUUUCCCCUUUUGGGGUUUUUGCAGAUGCAGCGCUCCCCGUGUGCACGGUGCAGGAUCUGCCCCCGCGGCGUGCGCCUGCUCUGCCCUUCUCACUGCGGUUUGUGGGGUUUAUAGCUUUUUUUAAAAACAACAUAGGGGAGGAAAAAAAAAAAAAAGAAAAAACAGAAUAACUUCAGGCAAAAUUAGGUUUCCAAUGAAGUGAUUUAAAGGGUUUUUUUUCUAUGAAGCGCGGACCUUGAGCAUCUCCUGCCCCCACAGCUCCGCUCGAGGGCGGCAGCCGCGUUUCUUCGGGAUUUUUUCAGAUCAUUUUUGUUUCCUUUAUGGUGAAACAACAAUUUUUUUUAAAGGGAUCCUUCGAUACAAAUUCUAUUUAUUGCAAAGGUCUUCACCAUCUGCUGGUUCCUUCCCAGAGCCACACUACGGCCCGGGGCAGCUCCGGGGUCGGGCACCCAUCGUUAUGGAUGGGGCUGGAGGGAGAGCAGUCCUUCUCCAACGCACUUCUCCUGCGGGAAAGCACCGAGCUGCUUCCCGAGAUGGGGACGGGGCGGCUGCGGCGCUGCCGAGGGCUUCAAGUGCACUUAAUGGUGUGGUUGGAGGAGCGCUGGGUGCCCCCGUGCCAUGCUCGUCCCACCCCCAGGCUGAGCCCCGGUUUGGCCCCGCGCAUCUGUCGCUGGGUGGGAUGCUGUGGCAUGAGAGGUGACCUGAAUGAAUUCUGCAAUUCUGGACAAAAUGCUUUUCUUGUUUAAUUUUUAAUGGAAGUAUGGGGUUGGUGACCUUCCCCCCCCCCCCCCCCGCUGUACCAGCACCGGCUGGCGCGUUGUAUCGGGCUGUACUCACUCCUUGCUGCUUCCAUCACCUCACUGACAAUAAACACCGUUCCUAA